UAGUGACGUCGACAAAGUUGACGUUUGGCAAACAUGGCGGCGCAGCAGGGCGAAGUGGACGAGCUGUUCGACGUGAAAAAUGCAUUUUAUAUUGGCAGUUAUCAACACUGCAUUAACGAAGCACAGAAGGUCAAGACGUCGGCGCCAGAAAAAGAAGCCGAGAAGAAUAUUUUUUUGUACAGGGCAUACAUUGCUCAGAGAAAGUAUGGUGUGGUACUGGAUGACAUUAAGGCCAGCUCAUCUGAGGAGCUGCAGGCUGUUAGGAUGUUUGCAGAGUACCUGUCCAACGAAGGCAAGAGGGAUGCUAUAGUGGCAGAGCUAGACAAAAAGAUGGCUAAAAGUGUUGAUGUUUCAAACACCACCUUCCUGUUGAUGGCAGCGUCCAUUUAUUUGCAUGAGAUGAACACAGAUGCUGCAUUACGGACACUGCACCAGGGAGACAGUCUUGAGUGUAUGUCAAUGACUGUUCAGGUACUUCUAAAGUUGGACAGAGUGGAUAUGGCAAGAAAAGAAUUAAAAAAGAUGCAAGACCAAGAUGAAGACGCCACCCUGACCCAGCUUGCCACAGCCUGGGUCAACCUUGCGGUUGGAGGAGAGAAAUUGCAGGAUGCAUUCUACAUCUUCCAGGAAAUGUCAGACAAGAACUCGCCCACACUGCUGCUGCUGAACGGCCAGGCUGCCAGUCACAUGGCUCAGAAUAAGUGGGAUGAGGCUGAGUCAGUUCUACAAGAUGCUCUUGACAAAGACAGCAGCCACCCUGAGACUCUCAUCAAUCUCAUCGUGUUGACACAGCAUUUAGGCAAGCCUCCCGAGGUUACAAAUCGUUAUUUGUCUCAACUGAAAGAUGCACACAAAUCACAUCCCUUUAUUAAGGAUUAUCUGGCUAAGGAGAAUGAGUUUGACAGACUUGCCAUGCAGUACGCCCCCAGCGCUUGAACACUGAUCAAGGUGUAAUUUAUACAUCUUCUGCAAAGCAAUUUUAUUUCUUUACUGUUCACAUUUGCAUUUUAAACAUAAUAGCAUUCAGCUGUUUAGGAUUUUUGUUUGUGUGGUGACUUUUUGACAUCCUAUACAUUCUACAAGCAUUCCUCUAUGAUGGUUAAAUAAACAUGUUUAUGUCAUA